AUGUUUGUCCUGCUUGAAAUUAGACAGCAGCCACACGAGUUGAAGAUGGAACAGCCUCCACUAUCCACAAUACAGGCCAAUAUGAUGGCAUGCCAUAUUCUGGCCUGCUCACAAGACGAGACAAUCGCCAAGUUCGUCCCUGUCUGUGUUGCUCGAAGCAUCUCCGUGGCUAAGAGAGCUGGAGUAUUUGAGCCCUCCGAUCCUCCUGACUACAGAACGUUGACGGACGCGCUAUUUGACUGGCACUGGUGGAUUGAACGCGAGUCGCGUAAUAGGAUCGUGUCUUGCUUGUUUGGCCAGGAUGCGGCGAGCAGCAUCUUCCAGGGAAAUGUUCAAUCCCUUUCCCUACUGGACCUUGAAGUGGAACUGGCCACCUGCGAAAGCAUAUGGCACUCCAAGAACUGCAGCGGAGUAUAUUCAGAAGCUUCAGAUGAUACAAUCACAAUUGACAUUUUCGGCAAGCAUGGAGCUGCUGUGAACAACAGAAGUGACAGAUAA